AUGGAGUGUGACGCUCAAAUAGAUCGAAGUGUCGUGGAUACGAUUGGUGAGGAAGAGUCAUGCGAAAAGCAUGAAGAGAAUGGCACAACUGACCCGUCAACUUCGGCCGAAAUUAACAGAGAGAAAAUGCAGGAUUUAAAAGAAGAUCGUUCGAACGUGUCACUUGCAGAUGCACUUCUGUUUGGAUGUAGUGAACGUAGUGAACCACUGAAUCUCGAUCAGGAUAUCAAUUUUCUUGAUGACAGUGAUGAUGAUGAGAAUAAGAAACAAGCUGACACUGAUGACAGCUGUGUAAAUGAUUGGAAGUUGGUGAAGGAUGACAAGAAAAAGACUGAUGAACUAAUUGGUACAACAAAUGAUAUUGGUGAUAAGGAUAAAGGCUUGUAUCAGCAGAGUGAUUUCAAGGGUUUAUUGGAUAAUGAGAUGAAUUGGGAUGAGGACGAGAAGUUAGGGGUGAGCAGUAUUGUAAAUGAGAUAGAUUUACUGAAUGACGGAAUCGGUCGGAAUGAAGUUAAUUCGAAUGAGAUCGAUAAAGCGAAUGUUGUGAUGGAUGACUAUCAUUUGGAUAAUGAUGAUAUGAUGGAUAUGUUAAUGAAUAAAGAUAUUGAUGCAAAUGAAGGGGAUGAUGGAUUGACACGUGAAGACAUCGAUGGUAUUGAUGAUGAUUCGAGGUGUGUUUCUGAUAAAGAACAGUCAAGUAGUAGAAUGCAGAUAAAUGAGGAGGAAAUUUUGGGGUCGUCGAAUGAUGCUGAGGAGAUUCGAAUGGAUAAAACUAACAGAAAUAAUGCUUGGAUGAAUUGUGGUCAGGAGGAUUCAAAUGGCGAUGUUGUAAUUGUGGAUGAGGAUGAAGAUUCGAUUAUUGAGAGUGAGGAUAUUAUCGUUGAGAGGCUGAUGAAAAGGAUUGUGAAGACAAUCGAUGUUGCAUUUUUACUAUACGAUUCUGCUGAUCAUUACAUUGAUGGUGAGAAGUUGAUCUCGAUUUAUAAAGAUACUCAAAUGGACGGUGAUAGUAAACGUAGGAAUGAUUCGCAAGUUCAAGAGUAUAACGAAAAUUCGAUACAAUUGUUGGAUUGUAAUGAAAAUUCACGAAGUGAUUCGAUUAUUGUGCGAAGGUUGCGUGAGUCUGAUGAAGACAGUCCUGAUGACAGUAGCAAUUCAAACCAGGUUCAUGUGACAUACUCGCCGCACAAGUUUGACACUGUUACAAAUGCGACUGCAAAUCACUGUAACGCGUUUCGAUUGCCAACGAAUCUGGAAAUUCGUGAGGGAGACGAUUAUCAAUGUAUUGUGGGGGAAGAUUUCGACGAGAGGGAGAUGGAAGAGGAAAAUGAUAAUGAAACUCGAGAGUAUUGUUUAUGGUUACCAACAGAGCAGUUGUCUGAUGAGGAUAUCACUGAUUACUUGUCAGUCGCGCUCGGUGUUUAUAAUAUCGAACAGGACAGGGCGUUAUACAUUCUGCAUGAAUGUGGAUAUAAUCUGGAAGAGGCAUAUGAGCAACUAACGAAGAGGAGAAUUGUAAGAAAAGAAUGGAACGACGAUGAUAUUAACGCGUUUUUGAGAGCUCUCAAACUGUACGGAAAACGAUUCUCAAAAAUUAAGAAAUUGAUGCCAAAUAAGUCAGUAUCGGAAAUCGUUAACUUUUACUACGAUAUGAAAAAGAAGCUUCGUUUGAGGAGUAUUCUCGAUCAGCGUGCGGAAGAGGGUUACGAUAAUUAUUCAAGUGAUGGGUCAGAAUCGGAUGGAAAUGCUGAUGAAAAUACAACUGAAGGGCCUUGUGGCAGUUGCGGUAGAUUGCACACAGGUUUAAGGAAAUGCGCAGAUAUGAAUUUAUGCCCUGAUUGUUAUGAUAAUGGCAGAAAGUAUCACAGUGGUCGAAGGUUUACAACAUGCUGUGCUUCGGAUCGAAGAAGGAACAAACAGUUAAAGUGCCCGCUUAAAAUGGUCGAUUUGGUUGGGUCGUUUGGUGAUUUUUAUCAGGAAUAUUACGUGAAUGCAAUAAAAGAGUUCAGAGGUGAUAUGAAGGACACGAAAAAUCUUAAAGAAAGUCGUGAUAUUAGCGGUAGUGGUGAUGAUCAUGGCACCAAUAAUGAAGAUAAUGGGAAUAAAAGUAACGGUAAUGAUAAUACUCAUGAAAAUAACAGUGACAGUAAAGAUGAUGAAGAUGAUGACGUGCUGAUUAUCGAAGACAAUUCAGCAGAGAGAAGAGCGGCUUUUAUCAGAAAGUGCGAAAAAAUGAUGAAGGAUAUGCAGGUGCUAUAUCUUCGUGAGCGUUCGCUGUGUGUGCGUAUGGAGCAUGAAGAUUCAUUGGAAUCGAACCAUUUCUUGUCAGAUGGUAUCGAAAAGUAUCGUAAAAUGGUUGAUGAAUGGACUGCUAGCAAAGUUGAAGAGAACUGUGCAUCAGCAAACCUGGAAUGGACUGAAAAGGAAACAUUCCGAGCACUUUUCGGAUUUCGUCGUUUUGGUAAAGAUUUCGAAGCGAUUGCAUCUUUACUGGAAUCGAAGAGUGUCGAUAUGAUAGAAGAAUUCUACGAAAAGCAUAAGGCUCAAGCUGAUCAGAUGAUCGAAAAAUUUGACGAUGAGGUGCAGAAGAAUCUCAAUGAGAUCGAUUUUGAACAAAUUUUCGACGUUCCUCAGCCAGACGCUGAACUUAUUGAAUUGGAAUGA